AUGGGAAUAGAUUUUAUUACAUUUCUCAUAAAGGAACGUGAACGAAAACGUAUCGAAAAUGCAGGUGGUUUUAUCGAAUUUCGUGGUGUAGACCGAUUACAAGGAAUUCUUUCUGUUUCGAGAGCAUUUGGUGAUACGGCAUUAAAACAACUUUCUGUAUUAACAGCACAACCGGAUAUUGUCCGGAUUGACCUCAAUGAAGUUAGUUUACAGUUUAUUCUCGUUGCAUCGGAUGGUUUUUGGGAUGUGCUAACGAGUGAUGAAGCGGUACACUUGGCACGAUCAUUUUUACGUGUAUCAUCAAAUCAGUGGAAUAAAGUUGCAGAAUAUUUGGUACGAAAGGCACUCAAACUUGGUUCCGACGAUAAUAUUUCCUUAUUAUUUAUUCGAUUAUUUUAA